AUGUGUCGCAAGGUAUCAUGGUCAAAAUCCUCGAAGCUUGGAGCUAGAUAUCAAGAACCUUUGGAACGAGGUUAUAAUUAUUGUUUAUUUAUAAUGUCUCUUCAUUUUUCUAACCACUGCGGAGAAAAUAUAGUCAUCCAGAAUGGUGAAGCUGAAUGGAAGACUGUUUAUUCUGGAGGACUUUGCUUCUCCGAACGGCCACUAGGACGAGAUCCACUACAGAUUAUAAUAUCGGGAAGCAGUCAUAUAACUCUUGGAUUCUUGGAAAAGAAUCCUAAUGGGAUAAAUAUUAGAGAUAUUUUUCAACAGAUGAAAAUAACAAACGAUAUCCGAGUUCAUAAGUCAACAUUUAAUAUAUCCAUGAAAAUUUCCAAAAAUGGACGAGAAGUUGUCCUUGACAAUGACGACAAUCCAAAAGAUCGGUUUCCUUUUGAAAAUGGCAGUGCUUGGCUUGCUGUUUAUAUACAAUUUGGUUCAGCUACUGUUUAUCUGAUGUCUUCCAAUGCAAAGUUUCUACAAUACAGCGGUGAAAAUAUCAAACAGACAGAGAACGAUAAAAAGGCUUCGUUGAUAGAUGAAAACCCAGCAGCACUAUGUUAUAUAGACCGGCCUUUAUAUAGCGGAGAGGCUAUUACGGUGCGUGUUAAUCCCGUAACAGACCCGAAUAAGAUAAAAACAUGUUUCGUACCCAGUCGAUACUACAUAAAAAUCGGCUUUUAUGAAGAAAAAUCGAAGUCGUUUAAAGACAAUUUCUCUAGUUUGUUGAAAGUUACUGGUGAGAAACAGAAUAAUGCAUGGAAACCGAUUUUUGUCCUCGAAAAAAGUAAAAGUCAAGGUAAUAUACAAAUUAAUCUGUCAAAGUCGGGAUCUUUCAGGUUCUCAUCUGAAUCUGGUGAAAGUGGAAACUUUGAUAUUCCGAAUUACGAAAAGGCAAAGGGAGUAAUUUGUGUAUUUGAACUGUUCCGUGUUAGGGUAAAGUUGCUGAAGGUAGCACGUUAUCCAACUUACGAAUAUGCUUCUCCAGCGACAGUUUCGCCAAAAGAACGUUCCGCGACAAUGUCACCAAGAGACCCUGCAGCGAUAACUUCGCCAAUAGACAUUGCAGCGAUAUCGUCACAAAUAUCAUUAAAUGAAACUCUAAAUAUAAAUCAAACCUCGUUGUUUGAUUCCCACACAGGCCUUCAAAUUUUAAAAAGUAAUGACACCUCUUCAGAAAAUGGUGACUGCGAAACUAAAACCAAAGUUAUAGAUGAUGUUGAUAUUAAAUCUUUGAAUGAUCACUCUGAAAAUGGCAUCAACCUCCUCGUUGAUGAACAAACACAACCGAAAGUUCUAGGAUCGUUUAACGAUUUGCAUUGCAAUAUUAUUAAUGGAGACACACGUGGCAAAGGAAAUCCGGGACAUGAACAUAACAGUAUUAAUAGAAAUCCAGAGAAUUACAACAUAAGUCAAGAAUCCUUUUUGACAACAGAUGAGAAUUUUACAAGCAGUUGUAAGUUUACAGCAAUCGAAAACGGCACAGAAGAGAUAAAACAAUUUCCAAUGAGGAACGCAUGCGCAUCUACCACAGGAAGAACUUUGAUUUUACCGGUGUGUUCUAAUAGACAACUUAUGAAUACUUCUACAAGUGAUUCAAACCUAUUGUGUAACAAGAUACCCGGUGAUAAACAAGAUGAGGAAUUUAGAAUAAGAUUGACUAGACAAAAUACAGAACUCAAAACAAUAAUAGAAAAGUUACAAACUGAAAACGAUGAGUUAAGAUCAGAGAACUUAAAGCUAAAUCUAAAAACCGAAAACCAAAGUCAAAAGUCAAAACUCCAACUUACAUUUGAAAAUCAGAACACACAAACACAAGACGAACAUCUGAUAUUUAAAAACACACAUAACAACUCGUCAUCAGAAACGACAAAAUUAAGUUCCACAAUUCAGAGAUAUUUCGUUCGUUUUGUACAUGACCUUGAAAUUCCUGACCUUUGUGAUCAUCUUUACCAAAAUGGCCAAAUUACAAUACAAGAUUUUGAUGAUUUACAUCAUUUAGUUAAACAAAACAAACGUGAGGCCAAUCGUUGGUUACUAACCCUGGCAAGGAAACGGGCAAUAUGUUACGACACGUUUAAGGCUGCCUUAGUUGCCACUAAGCAAGAAGGCUUAGUACAGUUACUCUGACUUACUACUCAAUUUAGUUAAAAUUAUAAUACUGUAAACCAAUUUAUUUUCGCGACUUGUGCGAGUAGAAAAAAAACCGCGAAUAUAAAUCGUCGCGAAUAUAUAAAACUUAAUAAACUAUAUCAAGAAAUUAGAAAAUCGAGAAAUUGAAUAGCCGCGAAAUAGACUAGACAGGGUACAACGCGAAAUAAAGUAUCCGCUAAAAUAAGUUGGUUGACAGUAUAUGAAUUGUUACAAAAUUUUAUAUGAUGUUCUAGUCGGUUUUAGAUGUCAUUUCAUAAAAGUGAACUGUCUCUGUAGUGGAACAAUCUAUAUGGACUAUAUCAUGACCGAUUGCUUGUAUCGUUCAAAAAUCUAAUGAUAAUGUGUAAUCCGGUCCUUAAUCAUCAUAUUAUGUUCUUAUUUUGCAAAGUUUGCCAUUUGCAACAAUUUCCAUUAUUUAGCUUAUCUUUAAUAAAUUAUUACCUUUGCA